UUUUUUUUGUCCAAUUAAUUAUUGGCACGAAUUAUCGUAAAACCGUUGACUGUCAGCCCCCACAAAACGACCUCGACUUUCUAUUUAUAAUGUAAAAGCUAACCGACAAAUUUUCCCAUUGACAAUCUCUUAUUGCCAAACUAAGGUACCACCUCCCUUCCACAAUGUACAACUUCCCAAUGCAGUACUCUCUCCGUCACUAGCAAAAAACUGAUUCUCCGUUUUUCGGUUCAAACCUCGCGUCCGCCAUUGAAGACUUUCCACACAUAAGCUCCAUCACCAUUGCCUAUGUGGACUGUGGGCGACUACAUAUUUACUGAUCUUCACUGUUUUUCGUGAAUCGAUGGGGAAUUGUUCUCGUCAGAUGAGGAUUUCGUUAGCUCUGCUGAGGCGUCUGCAGUCGCGGCAGGGAGCUGCUGCCGCCGGCGAGAAUGCGGGUGGCGCCAGGUUGUUUACCACAACGGAGGGACACCGCCCUACGAUAGUCCAUAAGUGGAGCUUGGAUAUUCUCCACGAUCCGUGGUUCAACAAGUUGAUUUUCUGGGAGUUGUUGAACCACCUGUGUGUUUCUGCAUUUGAGCUGGGUAACUUCAUGGAUGCGUUUUGUUGGCACAAGGGAACUGCAUUUUCAAUGACAGAACGUGACCGUCUUCACCUUCGCGGCUUACUGCCUCCCAAUGUCAUGUCUUCUGAACAACAGAUUGAAUGCUUUAUUAUUGUGUAUCUCAAGUUUAUUGUGUGUCCUUCAAAGAUGAAGAUUGUAGUUGCUGGUGCUGGGAGUGCUGGAAUAGGCGUUCUCAAUGCUGCAAGGAAAACAAUGGCGAGAAUGCUUGGGGACACCGAUAUUGCUUUUGAAAGUGCGAGGAGUCAAUUUUGGGUAGUUGAUGCUAAUGGACUUAUAACCGAGGCACGUGAAAGAAUUGAUCCAGAUGCUCGACCAUUUGCUAGAAAGGUCAAAGAAACUGAACGGCGGCAAGGGCUGACAGAAGGGGCACAUCUCGUAGAUGUGGUUAGUAUACUAAACCUUCAAUGCUUCUUUGGUAUUGGAUGUCUGAACUAUCAAUUGUUACAGAGUGAUCUAUUCUUCUUCUUGAGCAAAAUUUCAAAAAAUUGCAGCUGAUGGCUAUUUCCUGAAUCCUAAGUUAGUGCCAAUAUAAAAUUGUUGAAUACAACCUUGGAAAGAGAUGUCUAAUUUAGUUACAAAAUGAAAUUCCAAAAAUGAUAUCUCAAACAUGGAAUUAGUUACUGGUGGAAUUUUCAAGCUUCCCCGGACUGAUGAUGAAACCUACUUCUAUGUUAAAAUAAGAGCUCUGCUUUAUUGAAAAACCUUCUUUUUCACUUUCUGGAUCUCUGAUUUGGGAGAAAGCUUAAGUUUCACAAUGUUUCGCUCAACUCUUUUUUGUGAUUCAAAUGGCACAGUAGGCUGAAUUCCAUUAUUUUAUUGUCAUUCUCUCAUAAUUAACCACCCACUAAAUUUGUCUUAUUUACAAUUAUGUGAUUCUUAUCGUUUAACAAGUUGUCUGAUUUCCCCUACCAAUUUGUAUUCGGGUUUAAAGUGAUUGAUAUCUUGUUGCUUGAAAUGAAUUGGAUUAUGUCGAAUCAGGUUCGACAAAUGAAACCCGAUGUGCUUUUGGGAUUGUCUGUUGUAGGAGGUAUUAGAAGCUCUGAAAGGUUCAACUUCCACAAGACCAGAAAUUUUUCCAAUGUCUAACCCCACAAAAAAUGGUAAUACUUAUAUUUGUUAAACAUAUUACUUCUGAAGGACCUCUUUGGAAAGAGGCAAUCCAAAGUGAAAUUGAUUCCAUUUUGCAAAAUCACACAUGGGAGCUAGUGGAUCUUCCUCCUGGAAGUAAACCAUUAAGCUACAGGUGGAUUUUCAAAAGGAAAAUAAAACCUGAUGGAACAAUUGAUAAGUAUAAAGCUAGACUUGUGAUUAAAGGUUAUAAACAAAAAGAAGGCCUUGAUUGCUUUGAUACAUAUUCUCCAGUAAUGAGGAUAACAUCCAUCAGGGUGAUUAUUGCAAUUGCAGCUUUAUGAAAUCUUGAAAUACAUCAAAUGGAUGUAAGAACAGCUUUUCUAAAUGGAGAUUUAGAAGAAGAGAUUUAUAU